UGGUUUGAGUACCUCUCUCUCACAAACUAGGUUGCCCCUUUCCUUUCGCCUUCCCAUUUCUUUUGCCUUUUGUCUCAUUUUCCUGGUAGAUCUUCAAAGCUCAAGUCCCCAUUUCGUGACCUGUGGAAAUGAUGACGAUGAAGAAACUAUGCUGCUAUGAGCUUUACAUUUUCUGUUUUCUGUUGUGGGCUGCUCUUGUUUACUCCAAGCAUCAUGGAAACCCAGCAAAUGAUCUUGUCACCAUCAUCAACGAGAACCGAACAGCUCACAAGCUCCCACGGCUAAAUGACAGUCCCGGUCUUGGGUGCAUGGCCUUACAGUAUGUGGAGCUAUGCAAAUGGAACUGCACAGAGAACAAUUUGGUGAACUGCAAGCCAUCAGAAGAUGAUUUCACUGAAGUAUUCGCUCCCAAUUGCGGCGUAGAGCUCCCCACUUUCGGCACCAUUACCGGGCAAAUAGUAGGCUGUCAAAGGAAGUAUGUAGAGCCACCAUUAGCUUUCUCCAACAUUCUUUUUAAAAACAACAAAUCUUUGUCUCUGCUGAGGAAUAAAUCACAUACUGAGGUUGGAGCAGGCAUGGUUGGAGUCCAUAAAGGAUCAUUCUUUUGGUGCAUUUUGUUCAGUGAUGGCCUCACAAAUUCCACAUUUGAGCUUGAAAAUCGCGGUGCAGGGAUCAAGCAAAGGAUAGGAUGUUACAGCGGAAGCAAUGUUACAUGCAGUGAGGGAGGGAAAAUUAGUGCUGAUUUUUUCUUCUUUGUAUCUUUUAGUGUUGUUGUAUUCAGUUUACUUUUGCAACAGGUUUAGUGGUUUAUCUUUGAUAAUGCAACAGGUUUAGUAUAGUAUGUUUGUUUACUUGGCCAUGCCUUUGAUAAUGCACGGAUGUAUUCUUGAUUGUUGGAUGGUGUG